AGAUUUCUCGCGCUGCAUAUGAGCUAGGUCGAAUAUGGUGUCGACAUCGGUGUGAAAUGCAGAUAACAGUAACACCUAGCUUGAAACUGAGUGAUUUUUAGCGUGAAACUUCCUCCCAGCCUUAUACUUUGGUGAUUAUGUAACAAUCGAUCGGGGAGUAUUGAUACUUACGGUCCCGUGUCGUAAUUACCUUCCUCUCAUUCGGCUCCGAACUCUAAUUGACUUUGAUCCUAUUUCGUGAGCUGAGUUGUCCCACAAGAAUCUCGACUGGAUCUUGGUCUUAUUUAUUUACCAAUCAGCGUUAAGUAUAAAGCAAUUUUGGAAAAUGGUAAUUUUAGUUCAAUAUCAAGUUUGGUAUCUAUUGGGAAUGGUGUAGAUGAUAUCUGUAAGAGCCAACAGGUAGAAGAUGAGGUUUCCAGAGAGAUUUCUUGCCUAGAUAGCGAUAAGCUUAUUGGUUUGAUACCACCAGUAAUGCAUAGUAAAUUACCAGUAAAUGAUGAGCAAUCCAGUCAAAAUUUAACCACUGAUAACGUGUUACAAGUCAGAAAUGAUACAGAUCUACUGCAAAGCACAAAACGCAUUUUAGAGAAAACUGGUGAUCGUCUGUCAACCCAAUUGAAAUCAAGUGGACUGCGUACGGGGAAAAAUACCCAUCAUAUCUAUAGUAGUCAGAGAAAAACUGCUAGUUAUCUAAGUAAUUUAUCACCAGAAAAUGAUAAUCUCAUGGAUUUCAUUCAUCUUGUAGUACCAGAAGGAAAAUCGUCAAAUGAGCCUCAGGAAAGUAACUGCAGUUCAGAUACUCAAAGUUAUUCAUCAGACGAAAACGACAAUUCUGUGAAUGAAAGUGAAGUGAAUUUAGAAACUCGUGAACCUUUAUUGAAAUCAACUGGCAGUAAUAGUGAUGAUGAGGCUAACGUUCCCAAAUCUUCAGUUGAUGAUGAAAAAAAGAAAUUAGGGGCUGGUUGUUGCCGAAAGGGAGACGAGUGUACUUUUGUGCAUCCAAAAGUUCGUUGUCGUACUUACGCUGCUGAUGGCUGGUGUCCUUACGGUUACAACUGUCAUUUUUGGCAUGAUCCAUCUGUUAAAUCAAAUGUCAGUUUAACGAAAAAGCCAUGUCAAUUCUUUGCAAAUAAUCAGUGUAAAUAUGGCGACAAGUGUAGUUUUUCUCACGAUAUUGAUAGCGAACAAAAUAAUGGGGUCACCUUAGAAGAAUAUCGUGCUGCGAAAAAGUUGGUUGAAUUAUGUAUCAGUAACCAGUCUUCAGCGUCUGCAAAUACCGAAACCUCAGCCUGGACAUUAGUUGAAUGCAGCUCUGAACCUAAUAUCGCAAGGAUUUCAUCAACGUUACUUUCUGAGUCUUCCAACAAGAACAUGACUUCAGCACCUAUUUAUGUGAAUAAUCAAAAUAUUGUAAGCUGUGUAAAACAACACUAUGGAAAGCCUACCUCUGUAAGGAUACUUAAGUAUCAAGGUGUUUCAAAAGACGAAGUUGUCAAAUUAAGUCAUCUUGAGAUCGAACGGCUAAAAAAGUACUAUCCUCCGGAAAAGUUACGUGAGAUCGAAUCAACUAAGGAUUAUCAAACGUUUUGCAUCAGAUUUUCUGCAACUGAUCCUGGAUGGGUCUAUGAUGUACGUGAGGUUUUGUUGAAUAUCACUAUUCCACACUUGUACCCAAAAAAACCGCUUCAAAUUACGGCAAUAAUGCAAGACAAUUUGCCGACUGUCUUAGUUGAAUAUCUGAAUAAGUCAAUCGCUUCGUGGAUUAGAUAUAAACACCAAUAUUUUGAACGGAUGCAACGUAUAGAGCUUUAUCUUCGACCCUUCUUUCUUUGGUUCGACCGUAAUCUUGAAGAAUUGUUUACUGAAGGUUUACGCAAAUAUAAAGCAAUUUUGGAAAAUGGUAAUUUUAGUUCAAUAUCAAGUUUGGUAUCUAUUGGGAAUGGUGUAGAUGAUAUCUGUAAGAGCCAACAGGUAGAAGAUGAGGUUUCCAGAGAGAUUUCUUGCCUAGAUAGCGAUAAGCUUAUUGGUUUGAUACCACCAGUAAUGCAUAGUAAAUUACCAGUAAAUGAUGAGCAAUCCAGUCAAAAUUUAACCACUGAUAACGUGUUACAAGUCAGAAAUGAUACAGAUCUACUGCAAAGCACAAAACGCAUUUUAGAGAAAACUGGUGAUCGUCUGUCAACCCAAUUGAAAUCAAGUGGACUGCGUACGGGGAAAAAUACCCAUCAUAUCUAUAGUAGUCAGAGAAAAACUGCUAGUUAUCUAAGUAAUUUAUCACCAGAAAAUGAUAAUCUCAUGGAUUUCAUUCAUCUUGUAGUACCAGAAGGAAAAUCGUCAAAUGAGCCUCAGGAAAGUAACUGCAGUUCAGAUACUCAAAGUUAUUCAUCAGACGAAAACGACAAUUCUGUGAAUGAAAGUGAAGUGAAUUUAGAAACUCGUGAACCUUUAUUGAAAUCAACUGGCAGUAAUAGUGAUGAUGAGGCUAACGUUCCCAAAUCUUCAGUUGAUGAUGAAAAAAAGAAAUUAGGGGUGAGUUCUUCUGAAGCUUGCACAUUAAAUUCUCCUGGUACACAAAAACUACUGAUGAGUGAUUUUCGAUUAUUCGGUAAAGCAGGGACUUUUAUACAACGACGUUUGUCUGUUUCUCUACAUUGUACUCGUUGUCGGUUACCCUUCCAAUGGAUUUUCACUUUUCAUGGAGCACAAAGGAUGGAUAUUUUUAAUAAUCAUAAUAUGACAGAUCGAUUUUUGCGUUCACUACCACCGUACACAGCAAAUUGUGCACGUUGUCAACAUAGUUUCAGCCUACUUUUUCAAUCUAGCUUAGCUCAUGGAUUUGAAAAAAUUGUUGGAACUUUACAUCUAGAAGGUUGUAUUGCUGAUGACAUUCCACCCAAGCAAUCUGAUGGUAUUAUUUGGUGUACUGGCUGUUUCAGUUCCGUACGAAUCAAUGAACUUGAUUUUGAACGCCCUCAUACACGACGCUGUUUCAAGUGUCACUCCCUAAUUGGAUUAGAAUUUACUAAAUUUCAUUUGGAAUUAAUAAAACAACCAUCAAAUGGUGAGUCAAUUUACUGGUUUACACAUUCGAGACAAAAGGAAACUAAAAUUUUAAACUCUUAUUAUUAUCACUUACGACAAACAAAAACAUUUGCUCCUUAUCAUGACUUUAGAACAAAGCGGUCAUACUAUGCACCUCAUUUUUCUUUCCACCUACAGCUGUUUUUACAUGCUCAGCAUUCGGUGUCAGGUAUAUGUUUUAAGAGAACCGACAGAUAUAGAAACAAGUACUACAGCUGCUCAAAAGUCACUUGUCACUGAACAAAGAAAAAGCAGCAGUGGAAAUAGGCAGAGAACAUCAGUGAUUAGGAAUAAACGAACCUGCAGUAACAAAAAGUGCAAUAUUCAUGUAGAGAAAAACACUGGUUAUAUUUGCACUGGUUAUUAUCGAUUUUAAGUCAUACCACUUACAAUCGAACCGAAAUGCACUCAGCAACGUUGUGCACACCAGUGCGAGGGGUUCCCAAGCCUCAGUAGGUGGAGCGGUGUUCGGAUCUGUGACCCAUUGGUUGAAAGUCAACUCUCUAAACCAAAGAGCCGCAGCUCUAUUUACUUGGAGUCUACAAGUAAUGGCGCGCAAAACACCCUAGAGUCUCCAACUGAGGGAGGAGCUUACGUAUCUCAAACCAAUAGUCAGUAGUUUCAUACAUGUGUUUCCGGUGUUCAUCUAGUCUCUUAGCAAUACUUCGACGUAAAUUUACUUAAGCCAUUACUACGCAUUAAGAUAAUUGGUCACUUGCCAUGUAUAAUAUAUGUUUUAGCCGGCCCCGUUGGUAAUUCCAUUGAAUGACUUAUCCUUCUUGCCUACAACUUUGUCUAAGCUUAAGAUUACCUACGUAGUGGCUCUACUACAUAUGUUAAGUAGCAAUGAAAUGUAUGACAUUUGAUAACUUGUGAUAUGUUGAAAAUUGGUUCAGAAUAUAAGGGAUCAGAACCGAACCUUAUAUAUCAAAAGCUAACAAGCUUGUUAUGGAAUCUUGAAGGAUAUGGGUUAGGUUCCAAGAUGCUCAUAGGUAUGCGUACCGAUGAAGAGUUAAAGAGUAUGAAGGAACAACCUUGUAGUACACACGACCUAGUGUUCGAUGGUCAGUUCAUCACCAUCCACUUGCGCUAAGAAAGCUUUCAAAUUAUUGUGAAUCUCCAGUUUACCAACUUAAUAUCCUGAUUGAAAAGGAUGCAUACACUGUAAUUCUAAUUAUAGAUUCAUGAAACAGAGUAGUGUGAGGACGUUUUGUUGAUGUAACUCAUUUUCUCAGACUUUACUUACCGAAGGACUGUCGUGUUUCAUGGAGUUUAAGUGGUAAGAUACCUUUGUACGUGUUGAGGGUUGAAUGCGGAAGCUAGUUAGUGUGCUAUAUCUGCAGGUGAAACAAUCCGUAGAGUAGACCAAGUACUCUCAAUACGCACUGUCCAGUAAAGCAAACCAAUUAAAAUAUCGAAGGUAAAUAAAAUGUUUGUGUUUCAUUUCUGCCUCUUUCUGCAGCAUAUCUAACAUGUAAAAUGAAGUUUCAUCGAAAGCUGAUGAAUUAACUAUGUGGCGACAAAUUGAUCACCUCACUAUGUCGUUGAUACCAACGUUCUGUAAACCAGAAGCAUGCUAAUUACUAUCUAUCACAACCCACUCACAGUGAUUAUAGAAAUCUGCAAAUUGGUUUUCAAAAGCAUGACACUGAAUGCCGACUGACGGCAUCUAUUGAGAAACGUUAUCCAGGAAUUCUAUCCACUCUGUACUACACUCUAGUAUCUCCAGUUAGUAAUAUUGACUACGUUAUUUGGAAGUGUUGCGCAUACCGAGUCACCGCCUACCUCGACAUGUCAUGCUGAAGAAAGCUGGAUUAGGUUGAAAGAGGGUUCAGGGUGGUCAGAGCAAGACGUGACACCAACCCAUGAAGUCCCUGACUGUCAGUCUAAGGUGUAUGGAGAAAUGCAGACUACCUGUCCACGAGACGAAGCGACUUUUGGUGAUUGUGGCGCAGAUGUAUCUACUCUUUGAUAUGUUCUAAAGCUAGAGUAUUCGCACUAACCGCUAUCAUCAAAUUGUUUAUUCUCUCACACGACUUCGUCUACCUUGAUAUCACUCUUAUUCUACCCACCUAUCUGUGUAUACUACUGUAAAGUGUGGGAACUUGAACCGAUGUAUUUGUAUGCUAGGUUUUAUGUUAAUUUUGUCUGUCUUUAUUUGAAGUUACUGCUUAUUUCGGAGUUGCUGCAUAGAAUUGAUCAUCACUUAACUCAAAAGUACAUAUGUUAUUUUAUUCCAAGAAGCAAUCCCACUGCUAUACCAUCAAUUAGUCUAGUCCGAAACUUCUACACUAGUGACUGAUAUCUUGAAAUGUUGAUUUCCAUUUAGGUCGCUUCCUAUCUCACAUCUUGGUUGUCUUGGGAUAGUUUUUGUCAUUAUGCUUUGUAUACAAAAAACAGCUGACAAUUUUCAUUUUUUAUAGUAACGAUUUCAAAAACAGAUAAUUGCCGUAAUAAGCAAGAAGCAUCUUCUGAAGUUUCUCGAAGAUUACAACGGACACUGAAUUCAGCCCAGAAUGCACUUAUCCAAGAUGGUUCACCCUUACCAGCGUUUGGCAGCUGUAAACAUUAUCGGAAAAGUUACCGGUGGCUGAGGUAAAUUACUUACGCACAUUUCUUAAGUCUCAUUCUUAGCAUUUGAGGUUGAGGAAAUUGCGUAGCAGACCUUUCAUAAUUUCCAAGCAAUCUUUUAUUUCUACAGUUCCUGUGCUGUUUUAGCAUUAGGAAUUUGUUAAAAUUGAAGCUUAUUAUACUGACUGACUAAAUUAACGCAGACCGUCGCACACAGGUGCUUCGCCUCAAGUUACCACAUUUCACAGUAGUACAUAAAGAACAAAUGCGUAGAACAAGAGUGAUAUCAAAGUUGUGUGGGACAAUAAACAAUCUGAAGAUAAUAAUUAGUGCAAAUAAUCAUGCUGUAGAUGUCAAGGAGUGAAUACAUCUGUCAGUGUGACCGAUUUCAGAAGUAUCACCAAAUGGUCGCAAUCACUGAUUCCUUUCGUCUCGAGGACCCCAACCAGACAGUUUACAUCGCCCCCACAUGACUGAGACCAACAAUCAGAGACUCCAUCGACUGGUGCCACUUCUUGGUCUAACCACUCUGAGCCCUCUUUCAACCUAAUCCAGCAUCCUUUAAGCACGGUACGUCGAGGUAGCUGGUGGCUCAGGAUGUGCAUGUCCAAGCCACCUCAGUCGACUAAGGUCCACAACUUCCUCAAUCGACCUCCCUGUCUUGCUUCGGCUAACCCCAAUAUUGCUCACACGAUGAUCCCACCAAAUGCGAAAAAUCUUACGAAGACAUCUGUGGUCGAAAACCGGUAACCGCUUAAUGUCUUCUAUUUUUAACGGCUGUAUCUCAUAGCCGCAUAACAGGACAGGACGGACUGUAGCGUAAUGCAUAUUUCUUGUGUUGCCAAAGAUACACAAAAAAUGGGGAGCAUUUGAAUCAGUUACAUAUCGUUAAGUUAAAUCUUAAACUGUGAUAACUAGACUAACCAACUUUCGCAUCAAACCUGAAAACUUCGGAACUAAAUAUAGGGGUUUACUAUAAGCGGUACUGCAAGUAUGUUCAUAACCGAAAUAAUAACCACCGCCAACUAUAUUGAUUCCAUGGGGAAAUUUGUUGGGUCACUUCUGAGCAAGGACUGACAACGGCUAAUGAUAAACAAUCGGAUUAACGAUAGUAAACAUCAGUGGGUACGUAGAUAGGAGUGAAUAUGACUUACAAUGUGAGUGAGCAAGCAUUGAGGUUUUAUUACUCUAACAAACUGAUGUAAAUUAGAUGAACAGUCAUAACGUAUUCAGCCUUCGAAAUCACUGAAACUCAUGUUAUCGAAAGGCGAGUUGUUGAUGAAAAUACUGAAAUCCCUGCAUUCUGUGUCAUCCUGGCAACGGAACACUGCUUAUAAUUAGUUACUUUAUAUCGCUUACCGAUAUUAGCAUUUAUUUCAAUAACCUUUUUUGAGUUCUGCUUUUAUAGGUUCCCUUGUUGUGGACGUCUUGAGCCAUGUGAUGUUUGUCACGACAAUUCUGCUGUCGAUGGACACGAAAUGGAAAUGGCUACUCGUAUGAUUUGUGGAUUUUGUUCGAAAGAACAACCAUUCUCUGCCGUUAAACCGUGCGUCAGAUGCGGCAAGAUGUUAUCCGGAACUCGAUCCUCACAUUGGGAGGGCGGAAAAGGGUGUCGUAACCGGGUGAUCAUGUCCAGAAAGGACUCAAAGAAAUAUUCUCAAGUCAAUAAAGUGAUAUCUAAGAAGAAAACCAGCAAGAACAAAUGAUAGAUGUCUUAAAACAGUGAGCAACCCUAGGAACACAAUAAUGUGCAGGAAUUACCACAGUAAAAAGAUUUUGUUGUAUUAUACAGUUUGUGUACUGGAUAUCUCCGACCACCUUAUGAUUCACCACACAACUGAUUUCCAGAUCUUUUUUUAGAAUUUCGUAUAAAAGUGGAUAUCAGUCCCGUAAGGAUUUCGACCUUCUAUCACAGCAGAUGAUACUGUAUGAUGUCACAUGUAGAUGAUAUUUUAUUCCACAUACUUAUUUCUGAAAUUAAUUUUAUAACUUCUUGUGACUAUUUUAAGUUUUCAAAAACGUCAUUUUCUACUACAUAUGAUUAUUUAAUUAACUGCUAAGUUACCUUGGAUGUGAUCAGAUCAUUCGCUAUUAAAUACACACACAAUUUUAAUUAUGACAAAAAGUCAAGAGUCUCCUCAAUCUAACUAACUCGAAUUGUAUCAGUUUAGAUGAAUCUGAUGAGCUCCACAUUCCCACCUGCCCAUUGAAUGUUUACUUUUUACGGUUUGAUAUCCUCUAUUAUAAAAAACAGGCAAUAAAAUGGUAAUUUCAUGGAUUUCGGU